GUGUAUAAAGAAAAACCCCCAAGCCAAGGCUCAUUUAAUUCAAGUGUUGAACCCAAAACCAUAAGCAAAAUAUCGUGGAAGUAUCUUACUCUCCGACCUUGCCGCCUUUGUCUGUGCUACUGUAAUUUGGAAGGUGAUAGAAAUGGAAGUGAAAAUUUUCCCUCUAACAUGCGCCCCUCUUUUAUUAUCUUCGUCUUCCUUCCCCACGAACGUACGUAUCUCUCAUUUCAGGACCAAACGCUCACCCGCAAUUGUUCUGCGGAGAAGCGCAAACAAGGAAGAAACGGUUUUAGAAGGCAUGCCUAAGGAGUAUUACGAUGAUGUAUGCGUCUCCCUUGUCUCUGUUUCUCUUGUAUUUAUUAUUAUUAUUAUGGUUUGGCAGCAUGACGAUGCAGGCGAGAGGGAAUGGCAAGCUCGACAACGAGAAAAGACAAAGGAGUUGCAACGAAGACGGCAAGAAGAAGAUGAAGAAGAGGAAAGAAAGAUUCAGGAAUAUCGUGAAAUUGGCCUGCGGUUGAAGGGAUAUCCAGAAGAAGAUGUCAGAAAAGCAAGAAAAUUGGUCUCUAGCUUUAUCAGAGCUGAAGAGGAGGUGGAAGAGAAAAUUGAAGAAGCUUGUGAAAAAGGAGAACUUACUGAACUUGUUCUGCUGGUCAUAUGGAAUCGCCUUGAUCUCGCUCGACGUGAUGAAGAAAAGGAUGCUAUAAGAAGUCUUGAUCUGCUAUACAGAAGGGUUGAGACUGAGAUUUUGAAACGGGAAGCUACUCCUGCCAUGAGACUGCUUAAUGAUCUUCUGAAUAUGCAUGAUGGAUUUGAUGAUGAAGGGUGGCGGAAGAAAUGCAGAAAACUCAUGGUUGAUACUUUUCCACGAGAGGAUCCAUUUACCAUUCUUGUGCCAGAAGGAUUUGACAUUGAUAAGCAUCAUGGGCCACUACCACCACCACCACCGGAAGGAGACGAUCCUCUGUUGAGGGUAGAUUUUAUCAGAGAGGUUGAUGCAUUGCUGAAAGAGGUAAAGCUGGAGCAAAGUGAAGUGCAGAAUUCUCAAGGGCUUGAUCCCGAAUCUGUUGCAAUUAGGUUGAAGCAACAAGAGAAGCAACGAACCAUACAGCAAGUUGAGGCUUUGUUGGAUCUGGCCCUUCAUUUGAAAUGGUAGUUAUCACUUUUCAUACACAACCUAUAUCCAUAUUUUGUUAAUCUCCAGUUAGGUCUACGGGACAGUUCCAUUGGAUUUUCAUAUUUUAUAGUGUUCUGUGUUGUAAAUAUCCUAGUAAAGUGAUUAUAACUUGUAUUUCAUGUUAAUUACUUAGUUGAACUGUAAUCUACAAUGUUUUAUGCUUUUCGGUCA